AUGGUCGGCCACGACAUCCAUCUUUUCGCCAAACCAUUGGUGAUUGCAGUGUUGGCCAAAGUGGUCGUCUGCGGCCUCUGUCACGGGGUGUGCGACCACGCGGUGGACACCCAAUGCGGGCACCGGUACUGUCGCCAGUGUAUCGCCGAUCACAUCACAGCCACGGGAGUCGGUCUCAAACUGUGCCCGGAAUGUGACCAGUCGUUGGUCACCGACAAACAGCUCUUAGCCACGGAUCAGACGGGAAAUAAUGACAUCAAUGGUUACGAGACAAUUGGCGGCGAAGUGCUGGUAAAGAGCAACGACAUCGUCAACGGUAUUAUCAACGCGUUGCGGAUCCGUUGCGAGCGCUCCGGUGACGGGUGUCCGGCGGUCGUACCGGUGGCCGAGUUGGCCGCCCAUCGGCGCCAAUGCCCGUACGCCGUGUGCGAGAUAUGCGACGCGUUGGGCGCCAACACUGACGGACACGACUGCGUCCAAGAGCUGAAGAGAGAUCGCAAUGAGUGGCGCGAAAAGUGCGGUUCAAUUGAAAACAAAUACAAGUGGAUGAAGGGGUUGGCCAUAAGGUUGGCCGAGAAGUGCAAGACAUUGGCCGCACAACUAGCGGACAGUCAACAGAUCCAAGCGUUCAACGAGAUUCAACUCGAGUGCCAGAAGCGGAUCAAUUUGUUUCAUCAGAGCGCUGGUGGAGGUCAGGCGCCUCAUCCGAGCCAAUCAACUGCUGAUAAUUAUAAUGGUUUAGUGGAUGAUAAUAGUGAUGAUAAUGAGUGGACACCCGGCCUAACGGUGCCGAUCGCCUGUUGUGUGAUGUAUGGCAAGGCUGUAGCCACCAGUGGUAGUGUUGAGUUUGGCGCCAAUUGCCUUACUUUAUUAGACAUACCAAACAAUAAUCUGCGCUGGAUCAAAUAUUACAUCGCGUUGCCAUACGUUGAAAUACAACGUCUAUACCUGUCCGCCGAUCCGGCGCUGCCAUUGGUGUGCAUUAAACCAGUGGACAAUUUGGGGGUAAAAAUCAAAGAGCAUUUUAAUAUAAUCACUAGUGAUUCAGAGACGACUGACCAGAAUAUUCUGUUGGUAUUGAAGGCCAGAAUCGACGACACGUUUGCCAAACGAUUAUAUAAAUGGUGUCAACGCAUGAAAGUCUCGUGUGUUUGCAAGAAAAUCGUGUCCAUCGAAAGCAUAGGUGAUUAGCACAGGGAGGGGGAGGG